AUGGAGUCUCAGUAUCUGAAGAGAUGCCUGGGAAGCUGCUUGAAAAAGGGACUGGCAGAGGUUGUAGAGCAUCGGCCAGCAGAUCCAAUAGAGUAUCUGGCACAUUGGAUUUACAACUACAGAAGAAUCUUAGAUGAAGAAAAAAAGAGAAUAUUGGAGAGGGUUGAUCUGGAACAAGAACGGGAGGUGGCCCUGCUGGAACUUGAGAAGUUGAGAAAAAAUAAAGAAGCUCUCUUAAUCCAGCAGAAACUUGAAGAACAAUAUCAGGGUCAGUUGGAACAAGAACGCAAGGAGUUGGAACAAGAAUGUGAGGAGUUGGAACUGCAAAAUGAAGAAGAUGACAAGCUAUUGCAGCAGAAUAAUCAAGAGGAAAAUGAAAGGAUAAUAGAUGAACUUACAGAGAGACCUGAAACACUCAAUUUGACCACAGUUGAAGAGCUAGAUGAGAAUGAAGAGUUUGAGAGUAUAACAGAUCCCAUGGCAGAAGCAGAACAAGAAAGUACCCAACUGAUCUGA